AUGCCUGAAGACUCGGCAAUCCCAAGGACGUCUAUAGGCUCGGAAGUGAAAGAGGGGAUGAGGCGGCGGAUCCAGCUGGAUCACCCAUGCGGGGAAGCAUCGGGGGAGGGCAGAGAUGGGGAAGGUAGAGCAGGGGAAGGCAGAGCGGGGGAAGGUAGAGCAGGGGAAGGCAGAGCGGGGGAAGGCUGUAGAGGCAGAAGCGGGACAGAUGCACAGCCCGGGAGACAAGGGGUGUGCGCAGGGCCUGGGGGGUUUGGUACGGCUGGGGUGGGCGACACAGUGCCAGCGCGGGAGGAUGCAGAAGUAAGGUGCGGCAGAGUGCAGGAAAUUCGUGGUGCACAGCGGUGUAGCGAGGCGCAGAUGGUGGGGUUCUGUUUGCGAGGCGAGGAUGCAGUGAGAGGUGGGGGAGUGGGAGGCCGUCCGUUGGUGGUUGCGACAAAGCUGCUUACCCCUCAAGCUAGACCGACAGAGCUGGACUGCAGGUUGGAGGCAGCCCUACGGUCCGGUGACCACACAGCAGCGCUGCGGGUGAACGGGGCGAUUAUGAGAAGGGAGAGCGCACGCUGGCAGAGACAGGCAGAAUUGGACACGCAGCUUGCAGCGAGCUUGCAGGAGCAGGAAUCUGUGCGGCGCAAGAAACGGCAGCGGCUGAACUGGGGGAUGUAUGUGCUGCGCAAGUCAGAAGGAAAGGGCAACAUGUCCUCUGGUGCAAGAGCGAACAGGUCCGCCGCCGUGACCGCCGCGACCGCCGCGACCGUGGUGGCGGCACGGGCGAGGUUCUUUUCGAAACGCUUUCGAGCUCCUGAUUGCGCGUCAUCGGUGUGGCGGUCCGCCGCGCUGCGCGGGCAUACGACGCGGCUCGAGCGAGGCGGUAGCGGGCCGCGCGGAGUUACAGUGACGGCCACGUGUAAGCCGCUCGAUGGGCGGGAAAGGGGACACCUCCCGGGGGAGGACGACCGGCGACGGGGAGAAGUUGCGGGGAAGAAUGUGAGGUGGUUGGAUGAGCACAACGGAGGAUACAUUGGAGGGACAUAG